GCACACACACAACAUGGCUGACGCUCGCCCUGCUCCUCCAGCAGGGUCUCCGCCUUCUCCCUCAGCCUCUGCUGCUUAGCCGCUCCUCCGUGUAGGCUUUUGUUUCUUCCCCCCUCCCCCUACAUCGCCCAUCCAAAAAAAAAAGGCCAAAAAAAAAAACCAAAAAAAAAAUUCCCCCCAAAAAACACGAGAGGAGAAACAAUUCACCCUCCUUAUUUGCGAGCAUGGCGGGAUUUCAAGGAGUACUGUAAUUGAAAGAUCAUCUUCUACAUUUAAAAAGGACAAGUUGUUGAUUUAAUGGUGGAUUAAUAAGUAGUUGUCUCAUCCUAAGACUAAAGAAGAAGAUAUCCUGGAAGUUGAAAAGAACUGGAUUUUCACCCUAGUCAAGCAGCUUUGCUGCUCACUUAAACACAGAUGAAUGAAGACCCCAUUUGGAAAAUCACCAGGUCAGCGGUCCAGAGCUGAUGCAGGUCAUGCAGGAGUGUCUGCCAGCAUGAUGAAGAAAAGAACAUCCCACAAAAAACAUAGAAACAAUGUGGGACCAAGCAAACCUAUUUCUCAGCCACGAAGAAAUAUUGUAGGCUGCAGGAUACAGCACGGAUGGAAAGAAGGAAGUGGACCUGUAACACAAUGGAAGGGCACAGUUCUUGAUCAAGUUCCUGUAAAUCCCUCGCUCUAUCUCAUAAAGUACGAUGGAUUUGAUUGUGUGUACGGACUAGAACUUCACAAAGAUGAAAGAGUUUCAGCACUUGAAGUUCUUCCAGACAGAGUUGCUUCGUCUCGAAUUAGUGAUGCCCACCUGGCAGACACAAUGAUUGGUAAAGCUGUGGAACAUAUGUUUGAGACAGAGGAUGGCUCAAAAGAUGAAUGGAGGGGGAUGGUCUUGGCUCGAGCUCCUAUUAUGAACACAUGGUUUUAUAUUACGUAUGAGAAGGAUCCCGUCUUGUACAUGUACCAGCUCUUAGAUGAUUAUAAAGAAGGUGACCUUCGCAUUAUGCCUGAUUCAAAUGAUUCACCUCCUGCAGAACGGGAACCAGGUGAAGUUGUGGACAGCCUGGUAGGCAAACAAGUGGAAUAUGCCAAAGAAGAUGGCUCGAAAAGGACUGGCAUGGUCAUUCAUCAAGUUGAAGCCAAACCAUCUGUCUAUUUCAUCAAGUUUGAUGAUGAUUUCCAUAUUUAUGUCUACGAUUUGGUGAAGACAUCCUAGACGUCAUCAUGAACUUUUGCCAAAUUUGUGGAACUAUUAAAUGUAAAAUUUGUAGACACAAAGACUUGACUGCUUUCCAGUUUAACGAAAGCUUAAAUGUCCCUGCGAACCCACAAUCUCUGCCAGCAAAACUGUUUUGUUCUGAGUAAUACAAACAUGACACAUUUUGUGUAAGAGAACUCCUUUUCUUGAAGGAAGUCAGUAUGUUUGGGCAGGAGGGAGUUAAAAGCAAAGAACAGCUGCAAAUUCAAGCUGUGUAAAGUUGAUCUAGUAUUGUAAUCAUUAAUCUAAAUUUUUUCAUAGAUUUUGAUUUUUUUCUUCAAUCUUGCACUCACUUGUUCAACUGCCACAUGCAAGUGUAGUUUGAUAUUUUGAUAUGCCUUCUUUUGUAACAUUAAAUUUAAUUUCUUGGAUACUGGCAGUCCUUGUUUUCAGGGUUGGGACAGAGGUGACUUUUCUGAAAGGUUUAAACAGUUUGUGCAGUAUCAAGGAGUGCCUAACCCAAGUAACAUCAAUCUGCUGUGUUUCUACACUUUAUUUCAAAUUCAGCUUUUUAAGAACUUGCAGUGCGUGGAAAUGCUUGUGCAUUUUUUACUAGUCACAGGUCAGUAGGAUAUCAAGUGUUUGGAUUACGCACCUUUCAUUGAAAAGGCUUUACACUAUAAAAUUACAUUUAAUCUGUAUAACCACUUAAUUAGAAUAUGCCAGUUAAUGGCCCAUAUUUACAAGUCAUAGGAACCAGUAAAAUACAUGCAACAAGGCUGCCUUCAAUCCUAAAUGUUGUACUUCUUUCUUUGUUUGUUAUACACACUUAUUAGCAAAACCCAAGUGCUUGGUGCCACAACUCUUAACAGUAUAUAUGCUACUUCAGAAGAAUUUAGACUACGCAUUGGCAUCAGUAGUCUCUCAUUUAAAAUCAAAACUUAGCAACCUGAAUGUUUGUGUUUGGACUUAGAAGUCUAACAGUAAUUAAUAUUUUACAUGGUAAAUACAGUCUCACACCAGGGGAGUGGGAGGGGGUUUCCUUUUACAGUGAAGAUGUAACUUUAGAGAAGGAGAAGCAUUUGUUGCCUUCUGCUCAGUCUGUUGCAUUCCUCUGUUUUGGUUUGCUUUUAAUAAUUUUGGUUCAAGAAGGCAUCUUCCCAGUUUAUUCUUUUCCUGGCUUUUCCACUUAAGGAGUGUCUGGAUAAAUCUACAGUUUAAACCUGUUGUUGCCUUUUGUGGUGUACAUUGUACUUGCUUUGAGGUAUGCUGUUAACAUUAAUUUCAUUCUAUGAACACUAGAGUUCUGCAUGCUAGUGGUGUACUAUCUAAUGGAAGCUAUAAGGCAGUCUCAGUGGUUCAGUCAUCUGCAUUAGCUUGUGGAUGUAAAUAGCAGCCCACAACUGCAAAAUCUUUUCAUGGUUAUAAUCUCGCAAGAUAGUUGUAAAUGAAAAUUAGGGUUUCCUUAAGUGUGGCAGCUUUUAAAAUAUGGAAUUGAAACAACAAUGCAGCACAGCAACAAGGUUGUCAUGUUACAGUAAGGCAGAGCUCUGCAAGUUUCAAAGAACUGCUUCACAGAAGUACAGAAUGUGAAGACAGUUAACACUUUUGAUGGAAGGAACAAAUACCCUGAUAUCCAACUGUGUGCCAUUAGUGGAAGAAUGCAGGAGCUGUUAAUCAGAGGACAGAGGUGCAGACUACCUCUGUUGUGGGUAUUCUUGGUAUUGAAGACUCAGUGGUUUAAGCCCCUUUCUGUCCAUUUUUUUGCCUGAUUUCAUAAUUUAGCCUUAAGGCUUGUGCCUCAUUAUGCUGUUGAAUGGUAAUAAAUACUCUCCGUAUAAAUAUGAUACCUUAAUUCUUUGUCCAUUGCUACUAUAUUGCAUUAUGUCCAGUAUUUCAUCAUGGGCAACCAAAGGCAGGCUAUUGUCUUUCAGUGAAUAGCUUCUCAAUGCAGUCCUUAUGCAGUAAGUACCUGAGUCGUAAAUGUUUCUUGUGUUUGAACAAAGUGAGCAGAUUUGCAACACAGUGUUUUCAUCCUGCAGAUCUGUUGUGUUUUCUAUUGACUCUUAAGAGUCCUGCAUGUAAAUCUCAAAGCUGAGCCUGGCUCCAUGAGCCCAAGUCAAUAUUUGUGGCACAGGAAUGAGUGAGUGUAUUAAUUACACACAAGAUACAUGGAUUACCUAGUACACUGAUCUUGGGGCUACAUAUCUGAGGAAUAAGAGGUUUGUUUUGAAAUAUCUGAGGUUUAGGUCUACUGGAACACUUUUAGCAUUAGGCUUGCAUUUGUGGGUUUUCUGCAAGCCUAUUGAAUACACUAUGUAUUCUGACAAUUAGAGAAUAAUCUACAAACUGUAAAUUUCACUGUUGUUUUUGGAUGUCCCCAUUCGUCCGUUGUGUGGAUAUUUUCAAUUGGGGAUUUUUUGGGGAUUUUUUGUUUUGGUUUGGUUUGGUUUGGUUUUUUGGGUUUUAUUUUUUUUGAUAGCUUAAACCACAGUUUUGAGGCUUGAGACUAAUUCCACUCCCUGCCCAUCUGCUUUGGGCUUUGUUUUAGGCUCAUGUUUCAGAUCUGCAUGCAGUGCUUGCGUUACCCUGGUAACUAAAUGUUGGUUCCUUGUUAUAGGGGUUCAACAUUACUUUCCAAAAUCACAUAGGGCUUGUGAUGGCACAAGCCAUGGAUCUUUGUAUAAAAGUUACUCACCUUUCACAUUUACCUGCUGUAGUAUUGUUGUAUAUUGUGUGUGUGCGUGUGUGUGAUGUCAGGCUGCCAUGUAAAACUUAAAAGGGAAAAAAAAAAAACAAACUUAAAUGCAGACCAUCCUUUUUUGCAUGCUUAGAGGGUUAGAACAUUCAAUGUAACAAACUAAAGUUGCAUGUUAAAAUGUUUAGGUUUUUGUUUUGUUCUGUUUUUAUUUUGUGUUCAGUUUUUUGUGAAUUUGCUUAUUGUGCUGUUUUAAUGGUUGUUAGUAGGAUUAAAUGCACCGGUGAGACGAGCAUAGUGCCAACGGAAGGUAAUUUUCCAGUUGUAUGUGUCAUACAGCAUUUGAAGGGACCAUGUAUUCUGUUAAAGAAAAAAUAAAAUUUCAGUUGAAUAGCAGAACACUACAUUCUUCUUCUUUCUUUUUGAGUGCCAAACCCUAAACUAUGUUGGAGUAGAGAUGGGGAAAACCCUUUUUGUUGGAAUAGGUAGAAGCAUUCUUUAAAUGAAUUGUUUAAACAUAGGGGCUUUGUCUUCAGAGAGAAUUGUCAAGUUGCAUCAGGAAAAAGAAUUACGGUAAAAACAGUUUCUGGUUCCUUGAAAAUGCUGUUCUUUUUGUAUUUUACAUCAUUAGUGCAAUUUGGAUGGUUCUUGGUAUGCGUAUAGUUCAGAGGUCUUCGUGUUCGCAUUUUUAAAUUAGGUAUUAAAUUCAUCUUUAGAGCUUGAUUUCUUUAUUUUUAUUUUAUUUUGAACAAUGUAGACAGUUCCCUGUUCUCUGCAUUUAGAAGUAUAAACACUUUAAAUUGUUACUUAAUUCUGUAAGUAAUUUUUAUAAUUAUGAUGUAACUCUAUCCUUAAAACAUUUAAAAUAAACCCUUUAUGUGCAACUUAUGCCUGUAAACUUUGUUCUCAUGAGCAAAACACAGAGAUGUGAUUUCAGAUUAUGAAGAAGCAGUUUCUUCAUUUUUCUAAUUUAAAGGAUUUAUUAUUUUAAUAUUGAGCCAUGUAUGCUGGUAUAAUAAUUGCUCUAUGAAAUAUGUUUGCUUGCAGAGCCAAAUCUUUAUUCUUUUUUCCAAGUAAGUAUGAGUGUUAGUAAGAUGGAACUUGUCUAAGGAAAAGCAUACUGCUAAAUUUAACUAAACACAGAAAACUUCUCCCCCUCUCCCCAGGCGGCUCUGCCGGUCUGUGAAGCAGUCUCUAUUUCCAGAGCACACAGAAUAUUUUGGCAGUGGGGAGCUGCAGAAGUAUUUGGCAGUGUUUUGGUGAUACAUUAAUUUGCUUUGAAUUAAAAAAAUUUAAUGAAGUGUAUUUUACUGGUGAUAAAAAAUGAAGUUGAUGCAAAUUGGAUGUGAUGAGGAAAGAAGAUAACAUCACCAUGUUGUGAAUUUUCUAAAGUCUUCUAAGUUGUUUUGAAGACUUUAUGUGGUUAAAUUACUAUGGCAGGCUUUCCAUGUUGAACAGAUUUUCUUUAUUACUACCUAUUUUCUGAUAAUAAAGAGUGCAUGGCACUUAAAAGGAUGUGGUAUAGUGGUGAAUUUGUAGUGUUAGGUUAACAGUUGGACUCAAUAAUCUGAAGGAUCUCUUCCAACCUAAGUGAUUCUGUGAUUGUAAAAUAUGUUUUUGGCACCAGGCUUAUUUUGUCAUAUACUGAAGAAUAUGGAGUCUGCCAGCAUGCAUACCCAAGCCUUUUCCCUUAGUGCAUCAUCCAGUUUAUUGUAUCCUGUUGCUCCUGACACUGAUCCUAGUGGAGAUUUAUAUUGUGUACAACUGUGAUUAAGGAGAGUCUAAGCCUUUGCUGUAGCAGAGUACCACCUCCAAAGAGCAGGUGUUUAUCUCUGUGACCAGUCUGUUAAAUUGUAGUUAAAAAUAGAUACAGUAAUAUAUUGUGACUAAUGCCUGAAUCUGUUCUGUAUUACCGCUAAUAAACCCCCCUCAGUUUGGUGGCAUCUUGCUCUGUAUAGAGACAAAGAGAAGGCUUAUAAAAGCAAAGAUAUUUUUGUUGUCUAUCACUGCAGUAAUAAACUUGCUCCUGAGAGGUGGUUA